AUGAACAGUGCGCCGCCACCUUCGUCUUUUGACAAUGAUGCCGACUUUUACGAGGAGAGCCGAUGGCAAAAGCUGCGCCGUAGAAUUGUCGAGGAACCUCUCAUUCCGCUUGGAUGCGGUCUGACCGUCUGGGCCUUGUACGAAGCCACAAAGUCAAUGAAGUCUGGUGACCACGCCAAAACAAAUCGCAUGUUCCGUCGCCGUAUCUAUGCUCAAGGUUUCACUCUGCUCGCCAUGGUCGCUGGCUCCGCCUACUGGGAGAAGGAUCGCAACAAGCGCAAGGAGUACAAUGACUUGCUCGACGAAAAGAAGAAGAAGGACAAGCGCGAUGCUUGGAUCAGAGAGCUCGAGGCCAGAGAUGAAGAAGAGAAGGAAAUUGCUGCCAUGAAGAAACGCUUGGUCGAGGCCAGAGGCGCCGAGAGAAAGCGUCUGUCUGAGGCAGAAGCCAGAGCUAGCGAGUCCAAGAUUCAAUCCGACACUACAGGCAUUGUCCGUAGCGUCUUGGAGCCUGGCAAGAGCAGAUGCGACUCUCCUCUCCUUACCGCUGCCAUGAAGCUUUGGCAGGCCAGGUCAUGA